CAUCAAUUCCUCCAUCCUUGCUCUCUCUCUACCUCUUCCUAUCCCUACUUCUCUCCAUUCCUUCUACUCUCUUUGCGAGUCAACGUUGCCGAUUGUCAAGGUCGUUCAACAUGACGACCCUCAUACCUCGGGAAUCCUAUACUCCCGAUGAACUGUCCCGCUUGUAUCCUAAAGAGCUGGCACUGCAGCAAGUUCAAGUUCUCCUCAGACACGGCGAAAGAUCCCCCGUCUCUGCGAGAUUCAAGAAUGCCGGUCUCGCGGCCAAUUGGCCGUACUGCAAUGCCGCACAACAGUUGCGUAGUGUUAUCAUGUCUGCAAACAACUCCUGGGACGAGCUGGCCUAUAGACGAAGACUCGAGACGUUUGACGAGAACGACGACUCUCCCGUCUUGUCUUUAGGUCCCAGGCGUGAGACUGAUGGUAUCUGUCUCCCUGGCGAAUUGACUGACCAAGGGCGUGCUUCGACUCUGGCACUGGGACAGCGCCUGCGCAGAUUGUAUGUUGACCAACUUGGCUUCAUGCCAACCGUUCUACAGGACGCAAACCACAUGUACCUUCGUGCGACUCCCAUUCCUAGAGCUCUUGAGUCUGUUCAGCAAACCUUUUACGGUUUGUACCCUCCCUCAUCAAGAGCCGCUGACUUCGCUCCGCCGACCAUUGUUCAGCGUCAACCUAGUCAUGAGACGCUCUUCCCUAACGAGGGCGCUUGUCGGCGUUUUGCUCAACUCAGUCAGGCUUUUGCUCAAAGAACCGCCGACCGCUGGAACGAGACUGAAGACAUGGCACACCUCAACAAGUUGUUCGGGAAGUGGAUGCCUCAGGAUUCCUCUACCGUAAAGGUCGACGGUCAUCCAAGAUUGAGUGGCAUUAUGGACACCGUCAACUCGACUCUCGCGCACCCGCAGGAGACCCGCUUGCCAAAGGAGUUCUACGAUAUGAAAGGCAGAGCAAUCAUCGACAAGAUUGGCGUCGAAGAGUGGUUCUCGGGCUACAUGGAGUCUACAGAAUAUCGUCAGCUUGGUAUCGGUGGACUCAUGGGUGACGUUGUAAGCCGCUUGGUGGAAAAGACCAGAGCACCGGCCAGCAGCAACAGCGAUGUUCAGAUGGCUCUUUCUGGUUGUCAUGACACUACUCUUGCUGCCGUUCUGAGCAGCAUGGGCGCCUUCACGGGCGAACAGUGGCCUCCCUACACGUCACACAUCGCUAUUGAGCUGUUCAAGGAUCGUACAGUCCCUACAACUGCUCAACCUGCAAUCACCACUGGCAGUUGGUGAAGCUCGUUGUUCCCGGCAAAGAGCACACUGACCCCAGGAUCCUCUUCGCGCACUCCAUUGACGAUGCUAUCCGACUCGGAUAAGCAGAAGCUCGAUGGCUACUACGUACGCAUGCGUUAUAACGAUCGUGCUAUGAAGGUUCCCGGAUGUAGACCAGCUGGGAAACAUUACGGUGACGAUGAGAGCCUGUGUACCCUUGAAGCUUUCAAAGGCAUCGUGGACAAGUUUACUCCCAAGAACUGGAAGCAAGCUUGCGGGUCCCGUUUGGGAGAGAACGCAUUCCCAGACACCAUCGAGCCGGCUGGGAUCUAACGCUGGGCACAUAGAUGAGGACUACAUGAGAACUACAUGAUAGGUCAGGAUAGAAUUUGGAUGUUUGGAUCUGUUUACGAACAAAAGGCCGCUAGAUUAUACCUAGAUUUUGAACAGGCCCUUGAAUGAACAUGACCACUACGACAUGCACGAACCCCUGAUAGUUUUCAAGCCGCAAGCGACAAACA